CACGAUUAUAAAUUGUUUGUCUCCUCUAACCCUAAGUCCCUAACCCUCGAUUAUAAUUUACAUCUUUCUAUACAUACAUUCAUCCAUCCCACCUUUCUAUCUACAAAAAUCGACAACUAACAACUCACAAUUUCGGAUUUCCAGCAUCAAUUUACCUUUUCCGAGUUCCAGGAGCAGAUAACAAGAGCGACAGAAACUGAUUAAAGCAUUGUGCCUAAUUUAUCUCUCUUCCGACGAUACUGGAAACUUCGAUCUUCCGAAAAUUUGAAGCAUAGCUAAUAGCAACACGCUCAAGUAUCAAACAAUGGCGGAUAGUGAAACAGUUGUUGCUCAAUCAAUUAUGGGUGAGAUGCCCAAUAAUCAUCAAUCCAGUGACUUUGUGAAUACUAAGCCAGAUGGUCCUGAUGAUGCUGUGAGUGCUGUGCCUGCUGAAGGUUCAGCUGAUACAAUAUAUGCAAGCACUACUUCAGAUGCCGGAAAGUCACAUGUUGGUCCAAUUACCGCUGCUCAAGAAGCUACUGCAGCUUCUUCUGAGGAAAUGAGGCCGAUUAUUGGAGGAGAAGGUGGAAACGAAACCGCUACGUCCAUGGAAUUGAACCAGGUGGCUGUUCAUGAUGGAAGUGCAAACGGGAUGAUACCUAAUCUUGCAAAUGGAGAUGUAACUAGCACUCAUGAGGUGCAAGCCACGAUAGCUGAUCAACAGUUUGAGGAUGGUGCAGCUUUAUCUGCUGAAGAAGAACGUCUAUGGAAUAUAGUCAAAGCUAAUUCUUUAGAUUUUAAUGCAUGGACGUCACUGAUUGAAGAGACAGAAAGGGUCGCUCAGGACAAUAUCUUGAAAAUUAGAAAAGUUUAUGAUGCUUUUCUUGCGGAGUUCCCCUUGUGUUAUGGUUAUUGGAAGAAGUAUGCUGAUCAUGAAGCACGGUUUGGAGAUAUUAACAAAGUUGUGGAGGUGUAUGAACGAGCAGUUCAAGGAGUGACGUAUUCUGUUGAUAUUUGGUUGCACUAUUGUGCAUUCACAAUUACCACAUACGGAGAUCCUGACACUGUAAGAAGGCUGUUUGAGCGAGCAUUGGCAUAUGUUGGAACAGAUUACUUGUCGUACCCCCUCUGGGAUAAGUAUAUUGAGUAUGAAUAUACGCAGCAACAAUGGGCACAUCUUGCCAUGAUAUAUACUAGGAUAUUGGAAAAUCCAAAUCAACAGUUGGAUCGCUAUUUUACGAGUUUCAAGGAGUUAGCUGGCAGUCGGCCUCUGGCGGAGCUAAGGACUCCUGAAGAAGCGGCAGCAGCAACAACUACUGCAGCUGUUCCCAACUCGGAUACGGAUGUUGAAGGAUCUGAAAAGGAGGUUAAUCCUGAUGUAAUGGAAGAGUCUUCUAAACCUGUUAAUUCUGGCUUAACAGAAGCCGAAGACUUGGAAAAGUAUAUCGCAAUUCGAGAAGAGAUAUAUAGGAAAGCUAAGGAGUUCGAUUCUAAGAUCAUUGGUUUUGAAACAGCUAUUAGAAGGCCGUAUUUCCAUGUAAGGCCCUUGAAUGAUGCAGAACUAGAAAAUUGGCAUCACUACCUGGAUUUCACCGAAAGAGAAGGGGACAUCAACAAGAUCGUCAAGCUAUUUGAAAGAUGCCUAGUAGCAUGUGCUAAUUAUCCCGAAUUUUGGAUAAGAUACGUUUUAUGUAUGGAAGGAAGUGGAAGCCUCGAUCUUGCUGAAAAUGCACUUGCUCGUGCUGCCCAAGUUUUUGUGAAGAGGCAACCGGAGAUUCACCUUUUUGCUGCCCGCUUCAAAGAACAACAUGAUGAUGUUCCCGGAGCUCGUGCUGCCUAUCAACUUGUGCACAGUGAGAUCUCUCCUGGGCUUUUGGAGGCUAUUAUUGACCAUGCUAACAUGGAACGGAGGCUGGGAAAUAUGGAGGAUGCUUUCUCAUUAUAUGAACAAGCUAUUGCCAUUGAGAAAGGAAAAGAACAUUCGCAAACAUUACCAUUGCUCUUCGCGCAAUAUUCUCGUUUUGUUUACUUGGUUUAUGGAAAUGCAGAAAAAGCUCGAGAUAUACUUGUUGGAGCACUUGAUCAUGUCCAGCUAUCAAAGCCACUUUUGGAGGCAUUAAUCUAUCUGGAAUCUAUACAAUCGCUCCCAAAGAGAAUUGAUUCUAUCGAUUCCUUGGUUGAUAAGUACCUGGCUCCAACUGCUGAUGAUUCUGAUGCUGCAAUUAUACUUGAAAAAGAAGAAUUGUCAAGCAUAUAUUUGGAGUUUCUUGGUCUUUUUGGUGAUGUACAAUCCAUAAAGAAGGCUAAGGAUCGACAUGCUAGGUUGUUCUUGCGCCAUAGAAGACCAUCAGAAUCGAGAAAGCGCAAUGCUGAUGAUUUAUUAACUUCAGACAAGGCAAAGAUUGCAAAAUCUUACUCUGGUGUUCCCUCAACACCCCCAUCAGCAUAUCCAAAUGCUCAACAUCAAUGGGCAUCAGGCUAUGGGUCGCAAACUCAACCUUGGCCACAAGCCACUCAGACCACAGGACAGGCAUAUAACCCGGCCUAUGCCCAACAGACUGCAUAUAGCGGAUACUAUGGAGGCAGCUAUACCCCUCAACCAGCGCCUGCGCCAGUACCUCAAACUGCUGCUUAUGGUGCUUAUCCUUCGACUUAUCCGGCACAGGCUUACCCUCAACAAUCUUAUGUGGCACCGGUGGCACCAGUAGCUGCGGCUACAGCUCCAGCACAACCUGGUGCUGUUCCUCAAGCUUACUAUGGUACUUACUAUUGAAAUGGCCAGGUUUACUUUCUCAUGAGUUGCAUGUCCGGCUGCAUUAUCUUCCCACUGUUUCGAGCAUAUCUGGCAGUGAGGCACAUUACACUGUUGUAUUUCUGGGAGAAAAUGUUGCUCUUUUUGGAAGGUAGGAUUAGGAUUACUGUUUAGUGAUGCCAAAGUUUACUGGAUUGUAGAAAGGCCUAAAGGGCAAAUGCUAGUUCCUUGAUUUUCUGAUAUUUCUUAGUGAUUUCUUCGGGUAGGAAUUAUAGGUUAGUGGAGAGCACGACAGAAACAUAAAGGUGUGACUACCGCUUGUAUUUGUUUCUACUUUCUUUUGUAAUGCCUAUACUAGUUGCUAAAUCGAUCAAUAUAUUGCUUGGUUGCAUUGUUA